AUGAGGCUAAUAUGCUCGUCCAGGAGUGUUCGGAAUUACCGCUGGUGUUUAUGCUGGGGAUACUUGAACGCUCGGUUCAAUGUUCGAGACGAUAUAAGCGCCUUAUCUAAGAUGAGAAAAUCAAGUAAAUAUUUUGCACGCGCGGCUUACUAUAUUGCGGAGAGCCAGAACCGGCUUUCUUUAUGCCGCCAGAUAGUUCAGUAUGCAAACUGGCUAUUGGAACAAGGAAUCGGCCCGGACGACUGCGUUGCAAUGUACAUGAACAGCCCGGACUUCGUCAUGUUGUGGUUCGCAUCCAUUUGCAUCGGAGCCUACCCUUUGCUCUUGGUAAGCGUAGACGAUGAUUGCCAGCGACGAAUCGAACGAGGUCAGGAAGCGAUUAUGAGCAUGGGCAUUAAAUCCAUCGUGGUCGAUGCAAUACUCAAGGCCGAAGUUGCCUCAAUGUCCCAUGACGUUCCAGGCGACGCAUAUCGAGAGCAUGUCACCGGAGAAACACCCUUCUGCAUGAUGUACACAAGCGGCACUACAGGAAUGCCAAAAGCGUGCCUACUUUCUCAUCGGAAGAUUCUUAUGUCCGCAGUCCAUAUUGAACCGCCUUAUGGAAGCGUGCCAGGACGCCAUUACUGGUAUAACACUAUGCCAAUAUACCACGGCACCGGCGGUAUCACUUGUUUCGGGACCCUGCCUUCCGGAGUCGGGAUUGCCUUGGCCCCCGGGUUCUCUGUGUCUCAAUUCUGGACAGACAUCCAUGACUCAGGAGCGACUCACUUCGUCUAUGUCGGUGAAACAGCACGCUAUCUUCUCAAUGCUCCACAACUCCCGCUGGAGAGGGCACACAAGCUCCGAUUCAACCUACCAGAGGUUGUGGAGUUCUUCAGCUCAACUGAGGUCGGUUGCGUUGGCCGCUAUGGGGUACAGAGGGAUUUUUAUUCCACAACGCUUAUAUCCCAGUCAAGGUUGAUCAUAACACCGGAGGCAUCUGGAGGGAUUCAAUUACGGGAUUUGCUCAUCGAGUGCGAAGAGGGCGGAGAGAUUCUGGGAUAUUGGAAGUCGCCGGAAGCGACCGAAAAGAGGUUGUGCAUCGACGUGUUCAAGAAGGGGGACCUAUUCUACCGAACGGGAGAUGCUUCGAGGAGGAAUUCAGAUGGUCUUUGGUACUUUCUCGACCGGCUUGGAGACACGUUUCGGUGGAAGUCGGAGAAUGUGUGUACUGCUGAGGUGUCAGAAAUUCUCGGCCAAUUCUCUGGUAUUUUGGAGGCAAACGUAUAUGGCGACGAUUUGCCAAACCAUGAUGGCCGCGCCGGAUGCGCUGCAGUGCAACCGAACCCAGAUCCUGCAGGCUCUUUCUACUAUCAAGCACUGGCAAAGCAUUUAUUCAGCAAUCUACCAGAAUACGCCGUGCCGGUCUUCUUACGUGUAGUGGGAACAGGCUCCCACAUGGACAAUCACAAACAGAGCAAAGUUCCCCUGAAGAAAGAAGGGGUGAAUCCUACGCUGGCUGGAACUGAAGUGUCUGGGGGUAGUCAGGAUGGUUUUCUUUGGCUACUGCCGAAGAGCAACACAUAUGUCCCAUUCCCUCAGGCAGAUUGGGACAUGUUAGUUUCCUACAAAGCACGAUCGUAG